CCCACAAUGGCGGAGGUGGUGGCAGAGAUGGCAGAGGUGACUGAGAUGCCAACACAAGUGUCACCAGAGGUGGUGGAGAUGGCAACACAGAUGUCAGGGGAGGUGACUGAGAUGUCCACAGAGGUGACUGAGCUGACACCUGGGGAGGCCCUUGCCUCAUCCCUCUUCUUCCAGCACCACCAGUUCAUGUGUUCUGAGUGUGGUAGCCUCUACAACACCCUGGAAGAGGUCCUCUCACACCAGGAGCAGCACGUGCCCCCAGCUGUAGAGGAGGAGGCACUGACCACCCAAGACGCAGGCCUGGAGCCAGGCACAGAGCUGGUGCCGGGCACCGAGGAUGGGCCUUUCCAGUGUGGCGAGUGCAGCCAGCUCAUCCUCUCCCCCAGCGAGCUCCUGGCCCACCAGGACGCCCACCUCCGGGAGUCUGCAAGUCAGAUCCAGUACCAGUGUGGGGACUGCCAAGAGCUGUUCCCCUCCCCUGAGCUGUGGGUAGCUCACCGCAAGGCCCAACACCUCUCUGCAGCAGCUGCCGAACCUCCCCCACCACCUCCUUUGCCUCCCCGGACACCACCGUCUCCACCCGCUCCUCCACCUGAAGUCAAGAUGGAGCCCUAUGAGUGUCCUGAGUGCUCAACCCUGUGUGCCACACCUGAGGAGUUCUUGGAGCAUCAAGGCACCCACUUCGACUCCCUCGAGAAAGAAGAGCACAACGGGCUGGAAGAGGAAGAAGAAGAGGAGGAGGAUGAAGAAGAUGAAGGUGAGACAGAGGAGGAGGAGGAGGCAGCAGAGGCUGGUGACGAUGCUGUGGGAGGCACUGAGUCCAGCGGGGCCCAAAGCUGUGGGGACUAUUCCCAGCAUUGGCCCUCAGCAGGGGCUCACCGGCAGCACCGGCGGGUAUCUCGUGGCCCGGCGUCAUCAGAGGCCCACCCCUUCCACUGCAGCCAGUGCCAGCGCAGCUUCAGCUCAGCAAACCGGCUGCUGGCUCACGGGCGGGCCCAUGUAGGUGGCACACACGAGUGCACCACCUGCUCCAAGGUCUUUAAGAAAGCUGCCUCGCUAGAGCAGCACCUGCAGCUGCACCGCGGUGAAGCCCGCUACCUCUGUGUGGACUGUGGCCGUGGCUUUGGCACAGAACUCACGCUCGUGGCCCACCGGCGGGCGCACACUGCCAACCCACUGCAUCGCUGCCGCUGUGGCAAGACUUUCAGCAACAUGACCAAGUUUCUGUACCACCGGCGCACUCACGCCGGCAAGAGUGGCACCCCCCGCACAGUAGCCACAGCAGCCUCAGCUGCAGCCGAACCUCCACCCCCUCCACCUCCCCCAGCCCCGCCUGCCCAGCUGCCCUGCCCACAGUGCUCCAAGUCCUUCGCCUCAGCCUCCCGGCUCUCCCGGCACCGCCGUGCAGUCCAUGGGCCCCCUGAGCGGCGGCACCGCUGUGGCGUGUGUGGCAAGGGCUUCAAGAAGCUGGUUCAUGUACGCAACCACCUGCGGACACACACGGGUGAAAGGCCCUUCCAGUGCCACUCGUGUGGCAAAACCUUUGCUUCUUUGGCCAAUCUCAGCCGCCACCAGCUGACCCACACGGGUGUGCGUCCUUAUCAGUGCCUGGACUGUGGCAAACGCUUUACGCAGAGCUCCAACCUGCAGCAGCACCGGCGGCUGCACCUGCGGCCGGUUGCCUUCGCCCGCGCCCCCCGCCUCUCCAUCACUGGGCUCUACAACAAGAGCCCCUACUACUGUGGGACCUGCGGUCGUUGGUUCCGCGCCAUGGCUGGCCUGCGCCUGCAUCAGCGGGUCCACGCCCGAGCCCGGACAGCGACCCUCCAGCCGCCCAGAUCACCACCUCCUGCCCUGCCACUGCCCCCCGAGCCCCAGCAGACCAUCAUGUGCACAGAGCUGGGGGAGACCAUUGCCAUCAUUGAGACAUCCCAGCCUCUGGCCCUUGAGGACACACUGCAGCUGUGCCAGGCUGCACUGGGGGCUAGUGAGGCAAGUGGGCUGUUGCAGUUGGACACCACCUUUGUGUGA